CUGCAAUCCCCAAACUGUAGGACAUAUCAGGUUCCAUAUUUCUUGUAGAAUUUUAAAAUAACCUCUUCUAAUGAGGAUGUCUGAUAUUCUUACUGUAAAAGAUGAAACUGAUGCAAUGAAGGGUUCAGAAGCUGAAUUUAAAGAUACAGACCCAAUUGAAAACCUUAUAAAAUCAGGAAGUCAGGAGCAGAUACAAGCAGAAAAGGAUGAAAAUUGUCCUGAUAGCAAAAACAAUAUGCCGCGGCCAGUGCAGUCUUUUGGACAGACAGCAAAAAGGUCGAAGUCAAACACAAAGUUAAAGUUAGUUCGGAGCCUUGCUGUAUGUGAAGAAUAUCCACCACCUCCCACAGCUGAAAUAUCACAGGACCUCCAGGAGAAAAUUCAGAUCCAGUUGUCACAGUCUUUUGAAAAAGAAGAAAAGCCUGCAAAAGAUGAAAUGGAAAAGGAAAAAUCCAGUGAUAAACUGUCCAGAAAAAUGUUAUCAAGAGAUUCCAGCCAAGAAUACACAGAUUCCACUGGUAUAGAUCUUCAUGAAUUUUUAGUAAAUACAUUAAAAAACAAUCCCAGGGACAGAAUGAUGCUGCUGAAAUUAGAACAGGAAAUUUUAGAUUUCAUUGGUAAUAAUGAAGUUCCAAGAAAAAAGUUUCCCCCAAUGACAUCUUACCAUAGAAUGCUGUUGCACAGGGUAGCUGCUUACUUUGGAUUAGAGCACAACGUGGACCAGAGUGGGAAGUCAGUCAUAGUAAAUAAAACUAGCAAUACAAGAAUACCUGACCAAAAGUUUUGUGAGCAUAUAAAGGAUGAGAAGAGUGAUGAUUUCCAGAAGCGGUACAUCCUUAAAAGAGAUAACUCUAGUUUAGACAAAGAUGACAACCAGAUGAGAAUACGAUUAAAAGAUGACAGAAGAAGUAAAUCCAUAGAAGAACGUGAAGAGGAGUAUCAGAGAGCUAGAGAAAGAAUAUUUGCACAAGAUUCCCUGUGUUCCCAAGAGAAUUAUUUCACUGAUAAAAGAAUCCAGGAGGAAGAAACUAAUAGUACACAACAAAGACGACAGAUACUUAGAAUCAAUAAGGAAACAUCAGGGAGAUCAGCCAACAGCCAUCAGAGCAGUACUGAGAAUGAGCUGAAGUAUUGUGAACCCCGUCCCUGGAGCAGCACCGACUCUGAUAGCUCCAUCCGCAAUCUGAAGCCAGCUGUAACGAAAGCCAGCAGCUUCAGUGGGAUAUCAGUUCUGACAAGAGGAGAUAGCUCUGGAAGCAGCAAAAGCACAGGCAGGCUGUCUAAGACAGGUUCAGAGUCUUCUAGUAGUGUAGGGUCAUCCACGGGUUCUCUUUCUCACACCCAGCAGCCUCUUCCAGUGCCAGCUCUAAGCCAGCCUUCUCAUGGCACGCCUGCCGUCUAUCCAACUGUCAGCACUAGUAACUCUCUUUCCUUUGAUGGUGGCAUAAGCGGGCAAGUGGCACCUACUAGCACUAGCUUCUUUUUGCUUCCCUUGGAAGCGGCAGGCAUACCGCCUGGCAGUAUUCUGAUCAACCCUCAAACAGGUCAGCCAUUCCUUAAUCCAGAUGGCACUCCAGUUGUGUACAAUCCUCCUAUGCCUCAGCAACCUGUUAGGACCCAAGUGCCUGGACCUCCGCAACAGCCACCUCUUCCCGCACCACCUCAGCAACAGCCAGCAGCUAAUCACAUCCUCUCACAGCCUAUGCGGCCUCUGCAGCCUUCUUCCCAGCCUGUUCAGUACUCUGCAGUCUCUUAUCCACCCCCGCUCCUGCCAGUCUCCUCUACACAGCAAUAUUCUGUGCAAGACAACCUAGGAUCACAGUUUAGCCAUAUGAGUCUUGCCCGCCAGCCACCUGCUGACCCAGUUGAACCCCAUGCUGCUAUGUUCCAGUCCACCGUAGUCCUCCAGCCCCCGCAGCAGUCUGGUUACAUCAUCGCAACUGCUCCACCACCACCUUCUGGCCAACCAGUUUCUGCUCCAGGCUACUCGACGUCUAGCCACCCUGUCAACCAGCAAGUACUCCAGCAGCAGGGAUAUAUGCAGCAACCUGUGCCACAGAUGUCAGCUUGUUACUGUACCCCCAAUCAGUAUCCACACUCCGGUCAACAAUACCGUCCUGUUUCUGUCCAUUACAACACACAGCAAAACCAACCCUUGGCACAGCCUGGACAGCAGACAGGUUACCAGGUUUUGCCUAACCAGCAGCAAAACUACCAGGGUUUAGUUGGAGUUCAGCAGUCUCAGAAUCAAAAUCUAGUCAGUGGCCAACACAACAACGUUGGGAAUCAAAUUCAAGGUGUGAUUGUUCCAUAUCCUUCAGUGCCAUCUUAUCAGGUUUCAGUGCCUCAAGGUUCCCAAGCAGUGCCCCAGCAGACAUAUCAACAGCCUGUUAUAAUUCCCAGUCAGUCAAAUCAAGGAUUGCCCACAACAGGAAUGCCAGUUUACUACAGUGUCAUUCCAUCAGCUCAACAGAAUAAUUUAAGUUCAUCGGUAGGAUAUUUGCAGCCUCCUGGAUCAGAGCAGAUACAGUUUCCUAGAACAUCAUCACCAUGCAACUCGCAGCAGCUUCAAGGACAGCAGUGUGCAGCACCACCACCAGGUGGAGGAGUAGUAAUGAUGCAGCUAAACAUACCUAACAAUCCUCAGCCUCGGAACCAUUCACCUCCACAAUGGAAACAGAACAAAUAUUACUGUGAUCAUCAAAGGGGGCAGAAGGCCACAGAACUUAGCACUUUAGACAGUGCUGCGCAGCAUAGUCCUCAACUAGGUAGUCCUGUCACCUCACCGGCCCAAUCACCAGCACCAGCUCAGCUAUCAAACAUGAAGAACAUCCGUCCCACAUUAACACCUCUUUCUAUUGUGUCCCAGUUUUCUAGACCUUUUGUCGCUGGACAAGGAGAUGCCAGAUACCCAUUGCUUGGCCAACCCCUGCAAUACAAUCCACCAUCUUUAUUACGUGGACAAGUAACAAGCCAACAGUGUCAACCUGGAAACAGACAUGGAAACAGGGGAAAGAAACCAGCAAAGAAGGCUGCUUCCGCAGAUCUUGGUGCAGGAGAACCAGUUGUGGGAAAAGUUCUAGAAAUUACUGAACUGCCAGAAGGCAUAACUCGUAUGGAAGCAGAAAAACUAUUUGGAGAACUCUUAAAAGUUGGUGCCAAGAUUCGGUGGCUAAGGGAUUCGCAGUGUCUGCAAACACAGCAGCAGCAGCACCGUCGUCACUGUGGCAGCGGAGAUAGUAGCGUGAACGCUGAGCCAUCCAAACCUAGUGACUUGGCUUCCACGUACACGGUUCUAGCUACGUUCCCUACAAUGUCAGCUGCUCAGAAUGCAUUGAAGAAACAAAGCAGUACCUCAGUGAACAAGUUCAGGCUGAGAACAAGCAAGAAGCACUACGACUUUCAUGUUCUGGAAAGGGCUAGUUCUCAGUAGCAUUUACAUCAAUGGACACUCAGCCUUUACUACGUCCAUGUCCUCCUCUCCUUGAUUGGCUUGAUGUUACGGGGUUUCUGUUCUCUUCAUAGAGACUCCUGGGAUGUUUUGUCAUAUGACAUUAGCCACUGAAGAAUAAAUAACCCAGUGAUCCAGCAAGAUGAAGAAAAAAAAUACAGAGUUAAUCCCAGACAAUAGCAAGGAAUCAUCUUUGAGACAGGCAGCUUUCUACAAGGAAUGCUGUUGAAAUGCCCCCUACUUUUAUAGUAGUUUUGUUUUAUAUUUUUGAAUUCUUGUAUCAGAUCCAAAGUUCUAUUGUACAGCAAAUGUUCAUAAAAAUCCAUAUUCAGAUUUGUAUUUUAUAAUCACUUUUCACAGCCAGCACACAGCUGUCCAUUCCAAGGCAGGAACCUGAGGAUUGGUGGA